AUGAAAACUUCAUUACUCUUUUUAUUUGUAAUAAUAGUGGCAGUUCAAUCUCAGCCAAUAAGGGAUCCAUGUGACUUUAAAAAAUGUGAUCCAGGAAUGAAGUGUGUCAGUUUUGGCGACACACAAGCUAUCUGUAUUCCAGAUUCCCCAAUCGAUCCAUGCAAAGAACUAAAUUGUCCACCAGGUGAAAUGUGCGCCAACAUUAGAGGUAAACAUCAAUGCGUUCCAGGUAUGACUACUGGUUCAAGUGGUGAUCCAUGUAAAGAUGUACAUUGCGAGAAAGGAUUAAUUUGUGCCAACUUCAAUGGAAAUGCUAAAUGCAUUGAUCCAGGACAAUUGACUGGAUCUGAAGAUCCAUGUAAGGAUUUACAUUGCGAGAGAGGAGAAGUUUGUGCCAACUUUGCUGGAAAAGCCAAAUGCGUUGACCCAAAUACCUUAAUUACUGGAUCAUCUGGAGGUCAUGAUGAUAGUGUCUGUGAGAAUGGAAAGAGAUGUCUCCUCGGAUUCAAAUGUUUGAUGGUCAACAACGUUGCCACCUGCGUUCCAAGAAACGGAUCACCACUUUGUGGUGGUAAGCUGUGUAAGGUCGGUGAAACCUGUGCCAAUUUCCAUGGUAGAGACAUCUGUGUUCCAGUGCACCAGUUCCCAUCGCCAACUUCAGGUGGAAGAGACGUAUGCUGGGGACACAAAUGCCCAUUCGGACACUGUUGCAAGAACAUCCAUGGUGUAGCCACAUGUGUUCCAGAGCACUCGACCGGUGGAGUAAGCAGAUGUACCGACUACCAUUGUCCAAUUGGAUACUUCUGCCAGGAAUUGAAUGGAAUUGCCACCUGUAUUCCACAUAAAGAAGAUUGCUGCACCAACUACCAAUGUCCACGUGAUUUCUAUUGCAAGAAUGUAAACAAUAUCCCAACAUGUAUUCCAUCAAAUCCACCAAAUAGAUGCUGGAACUUCCAAUGUCCAAUUGGUACCAAUUGCACUGAAAUCAAUGGAGUUCCAACCUGUAUCCCAACCAGACCACCCAACCACUGCGAAGGUGUACAAUGUCAAAAUCACCAGGUUUGUUGUCAACCAUUCCCAGAUCACCCUGCAAGAUGUCUUGACAAAUGUUUGUUCAUGAGCUGUCCAAACUCAUCAUGCAGAUGUGAUAGUUGGGGAACUCCAAGAUGUGAACAAUGGGAGUAA